CUGCUGCACAUCAUCACACACACACACACACACACACUGUGUUAUCUGCACACAGCUUCACUUCAUCUCUGAGAGCCAAAUACCAAAACCUGAAAAUGGGGAAAAUUAAUGAAUGCCUCAAAAAAAUGUUUAUCUUCUUCAACUCAUUGUUUCUGGGGUUUGGAUGCAUGAUGAUCUACGGAUUAUUCAAGGCCUCUGCCUACUCCGCUGAGAUAUCGUCAGUUGGGGGCCCGGAAAUCGGCUGGGUUUGGGCAUUUGCCAUCGGUGUCCUUAUCGUCUCUUCCCUGGGAAUCUACGCUGGCAAAUCUGAGAAUGACCUCGUCCUCAAAAUUUUUGCAGGUUUAAUGGUGGUUGGACUGGUCAUCAUGCUGAUCUUUGGCUUCAUUGUCGUUGCCGGGAGAAACAAGAUUAAAGCCAGCUUUACCUCCGCCUCUUCUGAAUAUACAAAGCCUUUAAUGGACAACGCCGAAUUCAAAUCAGGACUUCGUGAGCUCCAGCAAAGUGCCCGGUGCUGUGGAGUGACAAGCGCUACAGACUGGGGUUAUGAAAUCCCUGAGACCUGUGCGUGCGAUUAUGGAUCUGGAUGUACUUCCAAACCUCAAGGAACGACAGGCCCAGAUAAAGUCUAUGGUCAGACCUGUGGUGGCAUCCUCUUCGCAAUUAUGGACACCAUCUUCCAGGCUGCCAUGGGCAUCUACUUUGGAUUUGCUGUCACUGCAUUCCUGGGCCUGCUUGUCUCCGUCCUGAUGAUUCAUCAAAUCAAACGUCAUGACAGCUCCGGAGCGGCGUCCAUUUCCAUGAAGGGCUUCUGAGACCUUAACCUCUGCACUGUAACAGGAGGACUCAGUGGUCAAAACAUAACCUUUUUGCUUUACUUUUUAUUAAAUGUUCCAAGUGGAGGCUACACAUGCAACCAGACAGUCCACUUACAACAAGCAUAAAAAAACAGUCAAUAAAGACAAAAUGUACAUAUGAUUGAUUACAUGUGUUGAUACAGUCUGCAGCCGAAAAACACCAAGAAACAAUCCCCACAACCGUCCCAUAGGCCCUCACCAAUAUACAUCACUCCCCUCCAGAAAUGUAAAAAUAACAACAAUAAUAAUAAUAAUAGUGAAUCAAUAUUGAAUCAGAAAUGUGCUAGAUCUAUUUAGAGUGGGAAAUUGCUUAAAGUUUCUUGAAUUGAGUAUUACCAGAAGAUUUAUCUCAGGCCCUGCAAACAUUCAGGCUGAAGUAAUGAUUUGACUUUCUGAGCUGCACUUUGAAGAAUUUGUAUGUUUUCCUUCUUUGCUCUUUGUGCUUGAGCAGACUUCUAAAGUUAGUACCUCAUAAAAUGAUAGCUUGCACUGAAAUACACUGAGCUUGUAGGGCGGUUUCAUCUUCUUACUAACAAUUUCUUUUCUCAACUGCAGCAGUUUACCCUGCCAACAGAACUCUCUUUAUAUGAAAUGUAAACUGAAACUAUGCAAUGUAUUAUAAUUCAACAAUAAAUUGUGUAGC